ACUUUAGUAGAAAUGAUUUAGCUUUUUAAAAAUGGAAAGAAUGCCAAGCUGUCCGGUAGUAUUGCAGUAGCCCAUUGUACUGUAUUACAGCCGCGCAUACUUGAAAUACGUGUAUUCCAUUUGCUGCAGGGAAGUUAGCCUGAUUGGGUAGCCUAAUCAAUGACGCAGCUUUGUGAUAAAGACGCUUUUUUUCCCAUGGAAAUUCUUGUUGUGAGAAUAUGUUACAAGUCGUAUCUGAAGCGUUGAGUUUCCCGUCAGCACUGAUGAAACGAAGAGAAGCCACUCCUCUUUUUUUUUUUUUUUUCAUUGUAUGCACUUUGUUAUCAGAGCCCGUAUUGGCUGUUCCCUCUCUGGUUAGCUCCGGUGUUGGAGAAUGCCCCAGCCGCGAGUAAAGUUAGUGGUGACGGGAGAUGACUUCGGGUACUGUGCGCGGAGGAAUCGAGGCAUAGUGGAAUGCUUUCAGAAGGGGGCGAUCUCCAAUGUGUCUCUACUGGUUAACGGCAUGGCCGCGGAGGAGGCCGCUGAAAUAUCUAAAAGACACAGCAUUCCUAUAGGCCUCCAUGCAAACCUGUCAGAGGGCCUUCCAGUCUGUGACACGCUCCCAAAGGGUUCUUCCCUUGUGAACGACGAUGGAUAUUUUCACGGGAAGAUGGGAUUCAGGAAGGCAUUAAGGAACGGGCAGUUGAAGAUGAUAGAAGUGGAGCAGGAAUUGAAGGCACAGGUCCAGCUGUUCUGUGAACUGACCGGUCAGCUACCUCAUCACAUGGACGGUCAUCAGCAUGUCCACGUACUGCCAGGAGUGCGGGAUGUGUUUGCGAGGGUGCUGUCGGAUCAUCAGAUCCGAUUCACACGAGUCCCUGUUGAGCCCGGGCUUCACCACUGCACCUGGCUCAGCCCCCAGCUUCGGGGGUUUUACCUGCAGGUGGAGCAGGACUCCCUCGACUCCAUCCCAGUGUUUCUAAAGCACGGCAUCAGGUGGCCCCACGCCUAUAUUGGUCUCACCACAGUGGGUAUGAGCAUGUCUGUGGCCAGUCUAAAAACAGCCCUGCAGAAUGCUGUAGGGACACCGUCACCCUCCUCCAGCAGUGAGAAUGCAGAGCCGCGCUCUCGCUGUGAUCUCACAGCGGUGCCUGGCAGCUCCCAGAAGGGUGACGGCACGUUGACAGUGGAGCUCAUGGUGCACCCGGGCUAUCCCAGCCUGCCCCAGGAAGGGGGGUGCGGCGAGGGUCCCGACGACUUCUCCCAGUCCCUGGACCGACUGCACGAGCUGCGCACGCUAACCGACCCCGAGCUGCGGCGCUUAUACAAGGAAAAAAACAUCCAGCUGUGUGCGUUUAGAGACCUGUAGGUGGUGCACGCUUACGUGCAAGCCGUAGAGAUGUGCAGGGUGCUAAGGAUGGCACUGCUGUGGAAGGGGCGGGAGUCCCAACCAAACUGAAGGAAGUGUUGUGUGCUCCAGUGAAAGACUGCAUCGGGGUAUUCUGAAUGUCCUUCAGACGGCUGGAGGCCAUGCUAAGCAGUAAUACUAACUGGCAGCUGCUUAGUAAAGGACCUGUGAUGGUAAUCACAACGUGCUGAAGGACUGCAAACCGAAGAUUGAAAAUCCUUUUUUUGUGGUUGGAUUGAAAUAAUCUUCUUAUUACAAAUUACAAAGCACAGAAUAGAAGCAAAGGCCAUGCUGUAGGUGAAAAGUAGCUGCUGCUGCCUCCUGGUGCCUCGAGCGGCUGGUUUCACACGGACCCCGAUUAGCACGGAUGUGAAACCAGCCCCGUGUGUCGCAGUUCAAACUCACUGCAGCGGCCGAGCUGCACACUGACAAUGCGACCUGCAGCACGAUGCAGCAGCUUCGUUUUCUAUUGUGUUGCAUGUGAAAUCAUUGCAUGUACUCCACUUGUGUUGAAAAGCAGAAGACCUCAGUUAAAGGGGGGCAGUGAUAUUGUCAGCACUCCUGUUGUUGCCAGUAGAAGUCCAUUGUGUCUUAGAAGGCAUGCAGCCUUGGUUUCUUCAGUUGUAUUUACCAUCAUAAUCCUUGUACACAUUAUUAAUGUGGAAGAUUUUAUACCUCAAGAAUCAUGAAACACAAUCCGUUUUGAUGUCGGCUGUGCUAUUUCAUUAUUCACCCUUUUUUUCACCAGAUGCAGAUACACUUUUUAAUAAACGUUUGAAGAAAAUAACACUGCAAUACUAUUUGAAAUACUGUUUGAUAUUACCUGGUCUAUUUCAACAACUGCAUUUCUGUAUAGAGAGAGAUGGAAGGAAUGCUGUAGAUAAUAAUGAUGUAUUAUUGUGUUAUUUAUAUAAUUAUGAUAUAUUCACCGUGGACAGGAAGACUGAUGACAUUAGCUUUUUUGUUACGAUUUCUAUAUGUUCUCAGAAUCAGAAUGUAAUUUUAGUAAUAAAUGGAUUCUAUAAAAACAUGUUUGCAUUGCUUUUCUCAUUAGGUAAAUGUGUUUUGUGUUUUAAUUCCCGAUGGAAGGGCUCGACGAAUCAAUAAGAUCUACAAUAAAGGGAAGUUCUAAAUGUGUGUUUUAGUGUCUGUGGAAAUCAUUCCACACAAAAUAAGAGUUGUGCUCCACAUACUGACUGAAUAUUCAAUUACUGGACAUCGAUACUACCUAGUACCAGCCUUCCACCUGCAUAGGACUUUUUCACCAUGGUAUUAAUAAUUGAACAUAAUAAAGACUAUUUAGCAGGACAGUUACAGAUGGUAAAGCAACUAAACUAUUAGCUUCACAUUAAAAAGGUUGUGUGGUCCAGUGGUUCAAUAAAAGGGCUUGUAACCAGGAGGUCCCCAGUUCAAAUCCAGCUC